GCGCCGGCCUGCAGGCGCGGACGCGGUGCUGCCCGGCGCCCGAGCAGACCUGAUGGCGGCGCCGCGCGCGGGCCCCGGGGACGCGGCCGCGGCUGCCCUGGAUGAGCUCUCCCGGAACCUGUCCUACUGGGCGCCAGGGGCGGGCAAUGGCUCGCUGUCGGGCGAGUGGUACCGUAGGAACCAGAUUCACCUUUUUGGAGCUUUGCUGGCCAUUUUAGGAAAUCUGGUAAUCAGUAUUUCCUUAAAUAUUCAGAAAUAUUCGCAUGUUCAGCUGGCACAACGGGAGCCCCCAAGGCCGUACUUCAAGAGCGUGCUGUGGUGGGCCGGAGCCCUGCUGAUGGCCGUGGGAGAGACCGGGAACUUCGCAGCCUAUGGCUUCGCCCCCGUCACCCUUGUCGCCCCGCUAGGGUGUAUGUCUGUUACAGGCAGUGCCAUUAUUUCUGUUAUGUUUCUAAAAGAAAAUUUGAGAGCCUCGGAUAUACUUGGUAUGACAUUGGCCAUUGCAGGAGCAUAUUUGUUGGUGAACUUUGCUCCAAAUAUAACUCAGGCUGUCUCAGCAAGAAGAGUACAGUAUUACUUUGUUGGCUGGCAGUUCCUGAUCUAUGUGAUUUUUGAAAUAUUGAUCUUCUGCAUUCUCCUGUACUUCCAUAAAAGAAAAGGAAUGAAGCACAUUGUGAUUCUGCUAACGCUGGUGGCGCUUCUAGCCUCAUUGACUGUUAUAUCAGUAAAAGCUGUCUCAGGCAUGAUCACUUUUUCUGUGAUGGAUAAAAUGCAGCUAACGUAUCCCAUCUUCUAUGUCAUGUUUAUCAUCAUGAUAGCAUCUUGUGUUUUCCAAGUCAAGUUCCUGAAUCAAGCCACGAAGCUCUACACUAUGACAACAGUGGUGCCGGUGAACCAUAUUUUCUUCACGACCAGUGCCAUUAUUGCAGGCAUUGUCUUUUACCAGGAAUUCUUUGGUGCUGCUUUUCUCACCAUAUUUAUAUACCUAUUUGGGUGCUUUCUGUCAUUCCUUGGCGUGUUUUUGGUCACAAGAAAUCGAGAAAAGGAACAUCUGCAGCAGUCCUUUAUUGACUUUGGAAAUAUUCCUGGGAAACAAAUGUUGGACAAAAUACAACCAGAUUCAAAUGGCUUAUCCUAUGGAACUCUGCCUGAUGGAAGUGACUCAACAAAGAGCCAAAGUGGAGAGAAGAAAGAGGUCUAAACUGCCGAGAGGGAUAGCUGUUGGCCCGUUACUUGAUACCACCUUUUUAAAAAAUUGCACAUGUUCAAUUUGUGUCAGCAGCUAUUUCAUGCUGACAUGUGCAAGCGUUCGUGUCAGUCCUCCCCCCACGAUGGACGAUCAGAGGCUUCCUAAGCCUUGACAGUCUAAUGUUCUCAUGGAAUGUAAUUCAAAGUGUUCCCUACACCCUGGACCUCUCCCGAGCCAUCAUCUAAUGGACUAGAUCUUAAUUACGGCCUGGCUGCUUCAGCAGGGAUGUCACACAAAAAUGUGCCUUCGCAAUCUGGUCAUAGAAGGCAUAGGUCGCUGCUGCUCCCAUGUGGCUUGUAGAGUCCUGUGCUUGGCUUUCAAGAGAACACGUUAACCUCACAUGCUCAGUCCUGAAAGGUUUUGAGAGCUUUUGUUUUUUUCUAGAACACCAUUUAUGAGCCUCCCCUAUGAAACUUGCCUUCUUACUCCAAAAUUAGAAUGACAGGGUAUCGUUUCUAAAAACCAGUGCUACUAAACUCCUCCUUUGAAAACAGAAGGCAUCUUUAAAAUCAGAAUCUACAAAUGGGACUCUGUGACGGUGUGUACCAAAAAUCAGGCUGGUGGAAUUUUUUUUAAGUCUAAAAUUGGAAAAUGUAAUAAGCUAGACUGUGCUCUAGCUUUGCUGGGGGUUCUGCAGGGCACAUAUUAAAAUUGGGACAGACACGGAGAUCAGCAUGGCCCCUAUGGAAGGGAAAUAUGCAAAUUUGUGAAACAUUAAGAAAAUGUUAGAAUCAAUGUUUGCUUUUUUUUUUUUUUUUUUCUGUCUUUUUGAGACCAGGCCUCACCACGCAGCUCAGGAGGCCGUGGGCUCACUUUGUAGCCCAGGCUGGUCUCGAACUUGCAAUGAUCCUCCUGCCUUAGCCUCCCAAGUACUGAGAUUACAAGAGUGCACCACCACACCCAGCCAAUGUUUGCUUUUUAAUAAAAGUAUAGGAUGGUGAAUUUUCUUCACCCAUAUGAUCCUAUUAUACUUGAAUUGAAAAUGAAGAAAAACUUGAUGUCCUGUGCUUGUCACUGUGAUAAAUUUUAUAAUUAACUUUCAACGUGUCUCAAAAAUUGCAGGUAGAUUUUGUGUGUGUGUGUGUGUAUGUAUGUGUGUAUGUAUGUGUGUGCCCCGUGUGUGUGGCACUACAUCCCCAGCUCGGUUUUAAUUUUUGUUUUGAGCCAGAGUCUUACUAAGUCACUUGUUUGCCCAACCUGAGCUUGAAUGUGAGGUUGUCCGGCCACAGCCUCCCAGAGUGCUGGGAUUACAGAUAUGUACACAAUGCCCAGCUUAGAUCCUUAGUGAUACUUACACUACAUACUAUUUCUUCCUUCAGUCCUUAUCUCAAACUUUGUACAUUCCUCUAGGAGAGGAGAGACAUGAUUAGAGAGCUAGAUUUCAGCAAUUUAAAUCUGUGGACAUAGAACAUAGCCACGUGUCAAGGAGGAGUCUCAGAUGGCUUUUCCGUUGCAAUUUAUCACAUAUCUACUAAGAAAAGUGUGCGGGUGGAUGCUACAGUAUUAUUUAUUGUUGAUAAUCUGCCCAAUAUUUAUAUGAGAAGAAAGGAGAAAACUUCCCUGUCACCAAAUAAAAAUUUCUAGCUUCAAUGACGUUCUCAAACCAUCGGUCACUCCACACACCAGCCGUGUAUCGGUCCAGUGACCUUGUCAUGUACAUGUCUAAGGUGUUUACUCCGAGCUAGUGCGAUGGUCAUCGUAAGUGCUUCAGUCUUGCAGUUUGUUCCCUGUCAGCUCCUCAACUCCUGACCAGACUGGCCGAUCUGUCUCCACAGGGUGGAGGUCUGAAUCCAUCAGAAUAUGUGAAAACUAGCCGAGAGCCCAAGCGUAGCUGCUAAGCCCCUGACAGUAAUUCCUGCCUUUGUGGAAAAUGUGCCCUCACUUGGAUGCAAUGAGCCCACAAUUGAUGGCUUGUUUCGCUGAAUGGGUCCAGCAUGUUGGCACUGGAAAUCUUAGCUUCCUUCAACUACAUGUUGCUGGUGAAUCUUGAAACCAUUUUCAAAGAUUGGGAAAAAGACUAAAGAGUUUUUACUUGAAGUAGGACCACAUACAACACUAGUGUGCAGUUCUGAGCAGUGUAGAAUUUCACACGCACGCACGCACGCACAGCACCAGUACCUCAGUGACCACCAGCAUUUGCCUCUGUUAAAACUUUUGAGAAGUGGCAUUGUCUUAUGCAACCCAGAAAUGUCUUAGUGAUCCCGGCAAAGUAUGAAGUAUAUUCGGGUCUUAUUUUUUGUAUGGCUGCUUCAGACUAAGGUGAACGGCAGGGGUUUUUGUUUACUGCCUUGUAGAUUUUUACAAGUCUCAGUGCGUGACAACAACAAAGCCACCCCAGUCCGCCUCUUGGUGGUGUUAGCUGGGGACCCUCAGCCAACAUUUGGCUCCUCUAUUUGUCUGAACCAGGGGUUGGUAAACUUUCCAGUAAAAACUUAGUGAGUAUUUUGGAGUUGUUUGUCUACACAAUGUCUGUCCCAACUACUCAAAUCUGUCAUUGUGCACAAAACAGCCAUAGACGUUACGUAAACAAGGGAGCAGGGCUGUGCUCCAGGAGAACUUUAUUUACAGAAACAGGCCAGUCCAUGGACUGCUGUUUACCAACUCCUCAUCUAGACCUUUCUGCCCUCCUCCCGCCACUGUUUUCCCAUUUCUUAGAGUUUAAAGUUGGCACUUCAUGUCAAAUGAGUCACAAUGGGAAUGUGAAAAAAUGUCUUGAUUUUAUACUGGGAAUUUUUAUUUACAUGAGAAAAGGGAGUGAUGCGUUUAUUCUCAGACCCUGGAUUUCUCUCUUUAAAAGUCAGUAGAUCUUUAAUGAACACCACUACCUGUACCAGAAGAGCCUCUCCAAACCCACACUCUGACCUAUCAGCUUCAGAAAUGACCUUUUAAAGGUGAUUGUUUUUUUCGAUGUAGAUGUUUGCUUGCCCUAUCACUGUAAUACGUUUGUUACUGGAAGCCCUUGAAAACUAAUACAAUAAAAAAUUCCUCAAGAA